CCGAGAACUACCGAAUGCGGAACGUCUUGCGUUCGGGAGCGGGAGGAUGCUGGUGGUGGAGAUGGAGAACGGCCGCUCCCUGGUGUGGGGCGCCGAGGCGGUGCAGGCGCUACGGGAGCGCCUGGGAGUAGGGGGCCGCACCUUGGGCGCCCUGCCGCGCGGGCCGCGCCAGAACUCGCCCGCAGAGGCGCGGCUCCUGGCGGAGAUCGGCGCCGUGACCCUGGUCAGCGUCCCGCGCCCCGACCCAGCCCACCACGGCCUCGCUCUGGUAUCCUUCAAACGCCAGCAAGAGCAGAACUUCCAGGAGCAAAGUACCUUGGCAGCCGAGGCCCGUGAGACCCGGCGUCAGGAGCUGCUGGAGAAGAUUUCAGAGGGGCAGGCUGCCAAGAAGCAGAAGCUGGAACAGAAUUCGGGGUCCUGCGAGAGCCAGCAGGCCCCCGGGAGCCAGGUUGCUGAAGGAAACGAAACUGGAGAUAGCCAGGCUUCGGGGGAGCAGGAGGAAGCAGUUUCCUCCUCUCUCCAGCCAGGGCUUUCUGAUGGGGUAGACCCCCUGCCCAGAUCUGCCCUGCUGGUCCAGCUGGCCACUGCCAGGCCUCGACCCAUUAAGGCUAAGCCUCUGGACUGGCGCGUCCAGUCCAAAGACUGGCCCCAUGCUGGCCGUCCUGCUCAUGAGUUGCGCUACAGGAUCUACAAAGACUUGUGGGAGAGAGGCUUCUUCCUAAGUGCUGCUGGCAAGUUCGGGGGUGACUUCCUCGUCUAUCCUGGCGACCCACUCCGUUUCCAUGCCCACUACAUUGCCCAGUGCUGGGCCCCUGAUGACCCCAUCCCUCCAGGAUCUGGUCUCUGCCGGUGGAUACUUGUUUGCUUACUGGGUUUGCACGUUCAUGUAGAGUUGGGUGCUCAAACUCUACAGCCUCCGAGUCAUCUCUCACAGUCAUCCCCUUUUCUGGGACUAUGCUUAAGCAAAUGCCUGCCUCAAGAAACUAACAAACAUGGAAACACAAGAUAAAGAAAAACUUCUGCUGAGCAGAUUGACAAGAAAACAUCAGAAGAAUUCACGGAGAGGAACACUUGAAUCAGAAGAAUUCAUGGAGAGGAACACCUGAGCAGGCUUCAAAACUGUCCAUGUCACAGCCGCCCACCUGCGCGGUAGACAGAUCACCCCAACUGGAGGAGGAGCCCAGCCUCCCGCUGCACAGUAGGCAGACCAUGUGGCCCAGAGAGGGGCCACAGCUGCCCGCCUGCAUGGUAGACAGACCACUUCAACUGGAGGAGGGGCCCAGCCACCGCCUGCGAGGUAGGCAGACCACACGACCCAGAGAAGGGGGCCAGCAGCCCACCUGCGCAGUAGACAGACCACCCCAAGUGGAGGAGGAGCCCAGCCUCCCAUCUGCACGGUAGGCAGACCACGCAGCCUGGAGAGGUGGCACAGCUGCCUGUGGGCACCAUAGACAGACCACCCCAACUGGAAGAGGGGCCCAGCCGCCUGCCCGUGCAGUCACCUGACCGAGCUUUGGACAAACAUAAGGUCUCCCCAACACCCCCCACCUCUUCAAACACCUUAUGAGAAAAACUGAUGGAACUCAUCUUGGAAAAUCCCACCAAUCCUUAAAACCCAUCAACAGGUGGGCAUGGCUACCAGCUCGGUUCUGCAGUAGAUCAGGCACCUGGUUUACAUCUCAGAGAAUAACAGUAGAGAGGCCACAGGUGGAAGCUCAUGUCCUCUCACACUGACUACCACGACCACCCUGAACCCAGAGACUCAAGCUAGGAAUAGACAACGCAACCUACUGGAAGAAAAGAAAACAGAGUUCUGAGAGACAUUUUUUUUCUUUCUUUUUUUCUCUUCUCUCUCUCUUUUCAUCCAUUCAUCUAGUCUCCUCAACCCUUCCCCCUCUGUUCCUCACAACCUCAACAUAUGUGAAACCAAGAAUUGUCCAUGAAAAAUGUCUUUAACAACUGAAUCACCAGAAUAAUAUAAUAUAGAGGAAUUGCAUAUGCCCCACCUCCCUCCCCCCUUUUUAUUUCUUUUCUUUUUUCUCUUAUUUUCUUUUUCCCAGUCUCUUUUUUCUCUUUCUUUCCUUGUUAUUUGUUUUUCUCCUUCUUACUCCCUCUAUCCCACUUGCAACCCCCUAAAUUUUACUAUUUAUAAGUAGGGUAAUCUUAUAAAUAAAGAUAGGAAUUUGAAUCUAUACAUUCUUCCAUAAAUUACCCAUCUAUUGAUUAGAGCUUCCCAAAGUUACUGAGUUAGAUUAACCCCAUACCCUCGCUCCUUUCCCCGUAAACAUAACAUCCUACACCUGAAAUUCAGGUUUCUUCAAGCUACCAGAAACGGUAUGCCUUUCAUGAAACUAAUGACUAUAUUUGUAAAUGAUAAUUGAAACCAACAUUUGUAGACAUAGAGUCUAGCUAUAAAUGUAGUAAUAAGGAAAACGUGGGCUGGGGAUGUGGCUCAAGUGGUAGCACGCUCGCCUGGCAUGCGUGCGGCCCGGGUUCGAUCCUCAGCACCACAUACAAAGAUGUUGUGUCUUCCAAAAACUAACAAAUAAAUAUUAAAAAUUC